UUAGCCAGCUAGCUCUUUCUAAUAGUCCUACUGGUAAAUCUUCACUGAAUUCUAUUGUGGGAUCAGAUACGGCCAAUGCAGGUGUAGAUAUUGACUUUUUGACUUUUUAUGUCUGUACAUUGAUGAUUUGGUUUCUUAGCAAGAGAGUAAUAUUAUUACCUCCAAAAUUUGGAGAUCUGAAGUUUGGGGUCUAUUUAAAAUCUGGUGGAUUUCUGAUUGGAAGAACUGUGGCUGUUUUGAUAACUAUGACGAUUGGGACCUCGAUGGCUGCUCGUCAAGGUCCUCUAGCUAUGGCUGCUCAUCAAAUCUGUAUGCAAGUGUGGUUGGCUGUCUCUCUUUUAACUGAUGGAUUGGCCGCAUCUGGUCAGGUCUACACUCCGAGGAAUGCGCCUAUACUAGUGAGGAAAUUGAUGUGGUUCGUGAGCAACGGGCUAAGUGUUUUACCCGCAAGUAUUUACUAUUGGCUUGAGCGCGCUUGAUCGAGGUGGUUUAGUUGUUAUAGAACAAUCGUUUCCAUUAAAAUGUAUGCGUACAUUGAAAUUGGAACGUAUAUUUGAAUGUAGUACGUGCACUUUGGUUUUGGGAUAUAUAUAUAUAUGUAUACAAAACACCAGUUAUUA